GGAGAGGGGAGCGCCGUCACGUGAUUGAGUCAAGAUGGCGUCGCCCAGCUGCUUGUGGCUCUUGGUCGUCGCUCUGUUGCCGGGGUUCUGCGCUGCCAUAGCGCUGGGGCAUCUCGACCCGCCCGCGCCGCUGCCGCUGGUGAUCUGGCAUGGGAUGGGAGACAGCUGUUGUAAUCCCUUAAGCAUGGGUGCUAUUAAAAAAAUGGUUGAGAAGAAAAUACCUGGAAUUUACGUUCUAUCUUUAGAGAUUGGGAAGACCCUGAUAGAGGAUGUGGAGAACAGCUUCUUCUUGAAUGUCAACUCCCAAGUAAAGACAGUGUGUCAGAUUCUUGCUAAGGAUCCUAAAUUGCAACAAGGCUACAAUGCUAUGGGAUUCUCCCAGGGAGGCCAAUUUCUGAGGGCAGUGGCUCAGAGAUGCCCAUCACCUCCCAUGAUCAACCUCAUCUCCAUUGGGGGACAACAUCAAGGUGUUUUUGGACUCCCUCGAUGCCCAGGAGAGAGCUCUCACAUCUGUGACUUGAUCAGAAAAACACUGAAUGCUGGGGCUUACAACAAAGCUGUCCAAGAACGCCUGGUGCAAGCAGAAUACUGGCAUGACCCCAUAAAGGAGGACGUAUACCGCAACCACAGCAUCUUCUUGGCAGAUAUUAACCAAGAGAGAGGUGUCAAUGAGUCCUACAAGAAAAACCUGAUGGCCCUGAAAAAGUUUGUGAUGGUGAAAUUCCUCAAUGAUUCCAUUGUGGACCCUGUGGAUUCUGAGUGGUUUGGAUUUUAUAGAAGUGGCCAAGCCAAGGAAACCAUUCCCUUACAGGAGAGCACCUUGUACACACAGGACCGCCUGGGACUAAAGGAAAUGGACAAUGCAGGACAACUGGUGUUCCUAGCUGUGGAAGGGGACCACCUUCAACUGUCUGAAGAAUGGUUUUAUACCCACAUCAUACCCUUCCUUGAGUGAAACCCUGGAGUUUGCACCAGAGCUCAGGGAACCCCUCACACUUCCAAACCAGUUCCCUACACGCCCAUGCCUGAGCUCAGAUCCAGCUUGCAACUAAUCCUCUCUAGUCAUCCUCUUACACACCGUGCCCGGAAAGAUCUAAGAUAUGAAUCUUAUUGUUUGCCUCAUCCUAUCAGCAUAUGGUGUUAAAUACAAGUUUAAUCAGCUAAUAACCAUGGAGAUUGUUUUACCACACUCUGAUGUGGUCAGACCGUUUUCAGGAAUCGGGAGUUUGCUGCAGGUCAGUGGCAGAAAUGUGCCCAGGCCCAGAAAAGAUGGAGCAAACUAAACCAAUGAGAUAAGACCCUUAAGACAGAUGCCGUUUUCAGGAAAAUCUAGCCACGUCUCAAGCCAAGAGGCCAGUACCCAGACCUGAGGUAGUCACAUAAAUGCUCUCAGUUGUGCUGGUAGAGGUUUAACCAGUGCUUAGAAAAGUAAAGUAUUGCUUGAAUGUGUCCCCAUAAUUUCUCUGAGGCUGCCCUCCCCUCUGAGUAUGUUGCUUUCUGUGGUGUCUCAGCUGUUACUAGACAGAUUCUGCCAGCCCACCAUCUUGCCUCCGUAGUACUUUUUGUCUCCUCAGGUAGUGAAUUAGUUGCUCUGUCACAGAAGGAGGGAAGUAGCGCCCAACUGGAUUGCUUAAGUGAGGAAGUGUACGUAUUGCUUAACUUAGAUGGGGGGAGGCGGGGAGAGGAGGUCAAAGGAAAAUGUAGACAUUAAAAUGAAAAAGAGGUAGCUGGUUCUUUCCAUUCCAUCCUUGAUGAACCUGUCCUUUAUAUGACGAGUGGUCUGGAUUCUAGAGUCACUGUCGCUAGCAUCAGCAAAGAAUGGGAGGGAAAAUGUGGAGAUCAGGCCUUCUAACUGCCAUGUCAAAAAUUCUUAUUUAUCAGCACGCUCCAAAGUGCUUCUGAUGUGUUCUGUGAAAAAAAGAUUGCUCAAAAAGCUUAGGGAAUAUUCCAUAUCCUUUUUCUGCUCUUGGAGAUCAGCCCAUAUUAGAAUAUUAAGGACUCUGAAAAUUCCUGUUACAGUAAAGAGAAUUAACCUUACCCUGCUGCUUCCCACAGUAUUUGAGCAUGGCUGUCUUAGCUCCUACUCCCUCAUCCCAUGAAAACCGAGCGACUUUUUGGAAGACUGUUCUGCAGAACGCCAGUUUGGGGAAAUGAGUAACCACAUUUGAGGGAAGCAUCUUGUUAGGGCUGCAGAGUUUACCUUUUAUGAUCUUUCCUUCACCUCUCUUAAGACUUAUCUCUAAACUAAAAGAAGAGAGGAUGAAAGGCAAGAAGUGGGGGGAUGUGAAAAUAAUUUUUUGAAGUUGUCUAAAAUAAAGAGUAGUUUCUUA